UCCCCUUCUUUUCCUUCAUCUCUCUCUCUCUCUCUCGCUCUCUGAGAAUCACUUUAUUUAAUAGUUGGCUUUUACCAUCACAUUCCAAUCAAGAAUUUCUUGGGUUAAGUUUGCUUUGCACAUCUUUCUGAAUGCGUGUAUCUGAUCAUCUCUUGUCAAGGCAUUGCGGGAUUGAGAGCAAAGUUGGAUAAAGAGAACUAGGAUAUGGAGGUUUUGAGGGAGAUGAAAGCAACCUAGAUAAGGAGAUUGAAGGAUUGGGGAAAGGAAUACAAACAGGGAGGGACUGUGAACUGGACGGAGGUGGGAGGCUGUGACACAGUUAUUUUUCUCUUUUAAUUUGAUGAAGGCUUGCUGCUGUCGCGCCGGAGCUGCAACCACCCGAUCAACUGUACCAACUUGAUGGAGUGCGUGGUUCAGGGAAUUAUAGAAACACAGCAUGUUGAGGCCCUUGAGAUUCUUCUUCAGGGUCUUUGUGGUGUUCGCAGAGAAAAUUUGAGGCUCCAUGAGAUAUGUCUUAAAAGUGGCCCGAACCUUGGGGCUGUAGCUUCAGAGGUUCGACUUAUAUGCAAUCUUGAGCAAACUGAACCAACAUGGACCGUAAGGCAUAUAGGAGGUGCAAUGAGAGGUGCAGGUGCUGAGCAAAUUUCAGUUCUAGUAAGAACCAUGGUCGAAAGCAAAGCAAGCAAGAAUGUGCUUCGCUUAUUUUAUGCACUUGGCUACAAGUUGGACCAUGAGCUUCUGAGGGUGGGAUUUGCCUUCCAUUUCCAGAGGGGCACACAGAUCACUGUGACUGUGUCAUCCGUUAAUAAGAUGCUACAACUGCAUGCCACAGAUGAGGCUGUCCCUGUAACUCCCGGGAUACAGUUGGUAGAAGUGACAGCCCCUGCUACAUCUGAAAACUAUACUGAAGUUGUAGCUGCAGUAUCAUCUUUUUGUGAAUAUCUUGCACCGCUCCUGCAUUUGUCAAAACCGGGCAUUUCAACUGGGGUUGUUCCUACUGCUGCUGCGGCUGCUGCAUCUCUCAUGUCAGAUGGUGGGGGUGAAGAGUUGAGUUCCUAGAGUAGCAUCCCAGAGUUCCAAUAAAGCCUAGAAUAAAGGAGGUAAACAUAUUUACACAGAUCCCAGAGUGCAGUCUUAAACUUGUUUCAAUAUGAUUUGAUUUAUUCUGCUUGAAAGAAAGAUCCCUGUCUUUGUUAGUUGCCACUUGUAGCCACCAUUUCCAUGCAUUGUUUGGACAUUAAAAAAGUCUUGUUGAACAUGAUUAAUUGUCAUGACCUAAGAAACGUCUUUAACAUGAUCGUCAUGACAUAAGAAACGUCGAAUGGUGUACAACCAUGGGAUGGGAUUAGGUGGUGAAAUUUAUUUCUUUGAAUUGAGAAAAAGGGAGGAAGAAACCUAAUCAACCUUCAUUUUCUAUGUUGCUUUGACAACCAUGACCAACUAUUUAACUGCAAGAAUCAGGUUGAGUUAGUGUCCCUGUCAAAUUCGAUGCAAGUAAAUGACAUGACACAAACACGGCAUAACUCGGGUCCUACAACCAAUGUCUUCUGAACAGCUUACCAAUGCAGGAUGCAUGUUUGAAUUAUGUUUUUAUGUGUGCCGCUUAAAUUAUCGGUCAGAAAUCGCCCACACAUAAUUGAUUUUAGUGAAAUUAUAUUAUUUUGUUUCUCUCU